AUGGCGCUUUCUGUGUUAGCCUGCUUAUCAACCGUGCUUGCAGCGCCAGCUGAUAUAGCCCUCGUUUUUGAGUCGCCUCAGUAUCUAUCUGAUUUGGCCAAGAACGUGGGUUCCAAGGUAGCUCUUCGGCAAUGCCCUGAACCCUACGAUGAUCUGAGCGCAGCCGACAGGAGUAGAACCACCGCUGUUGUGGGCAUGCCCCGGAACAUUACCAUCUUGGAGCAGCUGCCCAGCUUGACGCUGAUGCAAAGUUCUCACUAUAUGCGCCCUAUAUAG